CGGGGCGGAGCUUCUCAAGAACGGGGCCGCGGCCACCCAAAAAAAUGCCCAUCUUAAAACUAAAGAAUUACUUACAAGAAUACCUAAACUUAAUUUGAUUUUCUCUUUCUUUUUCUCUCUUCCAUCCAGCCUCUCUCCUUCUCUGUUCUCUUCUCUGAUUCUCUCCCUCUUGCUUACAAGUUACAGCAGCCUUCCUCUCUCCCUCUUCCAUAAUUGGAACGACAAACGCGCGACCGCCUCUGCUCCUCUGCCAAAUCACGAAUCGCUCCCCUGCGGCGGCCGCCUCUGCCUGACUGCCUCCGUGGCCGUUCCGCCCGUUCGUCGCUCUCGGGCUUGUUCGCUGCAACUCUCCAGAUCGCCUCUGCCUGCUUUGUUCGCUGCAACUCUCAAAAGCCAGCAUUGUCAACAUUUGGUCAUAAUAAAGAUGUGGACAUCAAUGCAAAGUUCUGUUGGCACUUCACCUCUAUUAUUGUCAGCUAGUAGUACAGGUCGGACUCAAGCUUGUGUUAAACAUUCCAGACCAAACAUAGUUGGGAUGCAACCCUUACCAUAUAACAUUGGAAAAGGAAAACUUCGGACUGCAGCUUUUCAAAGUUCAUCACCUCGUAUCAUAUGUAAUGCUGCCUUGAAUGUUAAAUGCUCUGCUGCUGGUGCAACUGCAACCCAAACUGUAACACGCAAUGCUCGGACAAUUACUCUUGACAAAGUGAAGAGUCCUAUGCUUGAUAACAAUGGGCCUGGAUUGCCCCCUCGAGACGACGAUGGCAACGGUGGUAACGGAGGAGGUGGCGGCGGCAACUUUUCAGGUGGAUUAGCCCUUUUGGGUAUUCUUGGUGUCCUAGACAUUCUUAAAGACAUAGAGAGUGAAUUUCAACGCAAAGAUAGGAGAUUUGACCAAGCUUGAUAGAUGGGCUUUAAAUGUGGCAGUGAAAUUACUUGAUAUAUAGAAAUUCUAUAUCAAAUAAAUGGAAAAUCAAAUUUACUUCUAGUUAAAAUAGAAGCCAAACGGGGUGAUAUUGGGUCCCAAAUAAUGAGAUGUGUAAAAAACAUAUGCCUAUUCCUAAUUCUAAAUGGAAUGAAUGAACUUAUAAUAAGUAUGAGUUUGGAUUAAGUUUGUAAAUGUACUUUUGAGUAAACUUCAUUCUACAAAUGUACUUUUAGUUACAAUUAA